ACAGAACAAUAAUCGCGCUAUGUCAGCUCAUACGCGCGGACGUUUACCUAGCAAAAACUACAUGACUCACGAACAGACAAUCACAGACAGUGUUUUAGUACGACAGAUCUGUUGCAUCAACAGUCAUUGUGUCAAUUCAACAAACAUCCUCGUGGGAAAUUAAGACACCGUAUCACAAUCUUGGAUAGCUAUUAGCAGCUAUCUGCGGCAAAGUGAAUUGUGUAUAGAAACAAAAGUGCUUAAGGCACUAAAAACGAACUUCAUAUUAUAUAAAGUGAAGCGUGUGUUUACGGUACAUGUCGAACUUAAUAUUGGACAUAAGAGUGUACUGGCGAAGUGACCGGACGUUCAAUCUUGGGUGUUAAAAGGAGGUUACUUUACCAGUGAGUCGUGUAGAAAGGGGUAGCGGGAUAGGUGUGUGGGCGCGUGGCCAAUGCGGCGUCGGCGGGACUAUGUCGCCUGCGCGCGCGCUUCUUGCGGCGCUGCUACUGUGCCAGUUGCUGGCGUACGGUGGCCACCAAGGACUCACCAAGAUAUUUUACACGUUACCUGACACGGGGCAGCCACCGAUACUUAUCUCCCUCGGAGACAACGCCAAGUUGGAUCUCAAAAAUCCCGACGAGCUGGUGCAGCAGCUCAACCACUCUGAACAGCACAAUGACACCAAGAUAUUAAUUAUCCGCAAAAGCAAUGACUCCGAAGAGGACAACAAGGAAAAAGACCCGUCAGAACCACGGCUUAUAGUCAAAGCCAAACCCAUGCAAGAACCUAGACAGAUGGAAGAUGCAUUUCUAACCCCGCCUCCACUAGACACAGAAAGCACCACAGAAUCUCAGGAAGAACUGAAACAAGAAAACAUUCCAACCAAACCGGAUAUACCCCAGGAAGACAUACCUUCUUUCUCAGAGUGGGCUCAGAAACAACUCGCCGAGGCGGAGAAAAAAGACACUGUCCUAAAUCAUUCAAGUCAAACUAGUCAUAGCAGUACUAACAUUAGUAAUAAAAACACUAAAAUACGGUCGAAAAACUACGCUUCGCUCGCUUGUGGUGCGAAAAUCGUCGCAGUGAAUCCUGAGGCGGGAUCGCCUAGCUCCAUCCUAUCGCCGAAUAGGGACGAGUACAUGCUGAACACGUGCAACAGUCGCAUUUGGUUCGUGGUAGAGCUUUGCGAAGCUGUCCAAGCUCAAAAGAUAGAGAUAGCCAAUUUCGAACUAUUCUCCUCCACCCCUAAAGACAUCGCAGUUUACUUCAGCGAUCGGUUCCCCACACGGGAUUGGACCAGUGUCGGUCAGUUUACAGCAGAAGACAUGAGAGAUGUACAAAGUUUUGACCUGUUUCCACACUUAUUCGGAAAAUUUAUUAAAGUAGAGAUGGUAUCGCAUCACGGUUCUGAACACUACUGUCCUAUCUCAUUGUUCAAAGUGUACGGGACUUCAGAAUUCGAAGUGCUCGAGAAGGAAAGUUCUCAGCACGCAACUGCACUCGACGAGGAUGAAGAUGAUGAAAUCAUCGACGGGCCUGACGUGACCGUCGCGGAGUCGGAACCUUCAAAAAAUUUAUUCGGCUCCGCGAGAGACGCAGUCAUGUCUAUCAUGAAGAAAGCUGCGCAAGCGUUAGUCAAAACUGAAGUUCCUAAUAAAAAUGUGUCCAGUGAACACAACGAUACAUCCACAGAUAAAAUGUACAAACGGUGUUGCUCGCCCAGCCAUAUAAUAGUGUGUGAUAACUGCAGUGAGACUUUAUACAAUGAAGUGUAUGAACUGAUUAGUUGUAGCUCGGACAAACUGACUAGUUUAGUGCGCCAGGUGUUUUUGCAAGAGACUCUCAAAUGUACGGGCAUCUGUCAGUCUUACGGGCUUGAUUUCAAAAGUACAAAGACAUUAGAAUUCAGUAACGAACGCGUCACCUAUAUGAAUGCUUUGUUUCCGCCAAAAUAUUUAGCUGCGCUAUGCAAUAUACUAGCUAUUAAAGAGAAGAAGGUCGUCUUAAAUACUAGUUUCGAAAGUGAAUUGAAUGUUACCACUAAUAUAACUGUAGAAGAGUCGCCGCAGAAAGUAAGUAGCAACACCAGUUCAGAACAGGAUAUAAAAUUAGUGCCGGAUAAAGAUAAUAGCUCGAUGAACGAUAAAAUUAACGAUACAGUGCAAACUGUACUUACUCCACCCGAAAAAACGGUGGAAAGUGUAGCUGUCACUGUAGAUUUACCAAAAGAAGAAAAAGAUAAAAUUGAUGACAAAAAAGAUGAAGUUCCUCCUGCUAUUGAAGAAAAAGCGGUACAAGAUAAACCUGAAGAUACAAAAAUAACUCCUGAAGCUGAGAAAUCUGUGGACCUAGUCGUUGAGCUGGAUCAGAAAGAGGCAACUCCUAAACCUGAUACCAAAAAUGGUAAAGUAGAGAUGACAACCGAGAAACCAAAGGAAAACGGGAAUGUAAUGGAAGAAAGCGACCAGAUGAUAAUAGACAACGAUAGUUUCAUGUCGGAACUGGAUCAGAUGGCCGUGGACCCUACGCCGGCUGGCAGCCAUACGCAGAGCCAAAACCAGGCGCAAACUACCCUUCAGAAAGAGUCUGUCUUUCUGAGACUUUCUAAUAGAGUUAAGGCAUUGGAACGCAACAUGUCUCUCUCGGGGCAAUACCUCGAGGAGUUGAGCAGGCGGUACAAAAAACAAGUGGAGGAGAUGCAGAAGACCUUCGAGAAGACCGUGUUGCAGAUGACCGAGGAGCGCCGAAAAAGCAACGAGAGGGAACAGAAGUACCUCGAACAAAUGGCCAGCCUCCAGGAUCAGCUAGCACAAAUGGCCGCUACUGUCAGAAUACUCGCGGAGGAACGGGACAGUUGGUUCGGAAACGUUACUUUCUUCAAAUUUCUCCUAUUCCAAGCUAUCAUAGUCGGUGCCGUCAUCUACUAUAUAAUAACGAGACGGAAACCUGAACCUGUAUUAGUACAGAUUUCAAGAAAAUCCAGGAAAAAGCAGGAUAAGUUUAGAAGAAAAUCGGUCGAAGGCGUCAGCGGCCAUGAGACACCGUCGGCGAAGAAACGGAGACCGAGUGAGGAGGCGUUGCAAAUUGCGAGGCAAUCUGCUGAGGAGACGACCAGAGAGGACGAUGACGAAGGCGGAUGGCAGAUUGCUAAAAAGAACAGGCGGAGAAAAACAUCAAUAUUGCACAGGAACUUAGAAAAGUCUGAAUGGCACCGACAGGAUAGCAUAGGGAAGUUGCAAGAAAAUCCUAUUCCGUUAGACGAAGAAGAAUUCUAUGCUCCCGUCUCCGAGCCUGUGGAAUUCAAUGGCAACAUCGAGAAUCCGCCGAAAACCCAAGCACCCAAAACGAACGGGUCUUUCUUUAACAAUUUAAAGGCAAAGACUAUAAAGACGAGGCGGCUCUCGUCUCCAGCGUUUCUCAGAACUUUAAGCAGGCAGAGUACUAGAAGUACUCCUAGCCCAGUCGUACAGCCCGUGGAACCGAUGUUCAACGGGAAGAUAGGUAAAAAGGCUGCCUCGGAGUCGCCCACGGGCAGCCUAUGGUCGGAGUCUACAGAAAUAUCACAGAACGGUUCGAAUGAGGGUGGCGGCAAAAAACGGAAAAGUCUGAAGAAUAUAUUCAAGAAAGUAUUUUGAGGUUUUGUGGACUUUUUAUCGAAUUAAUUGCUAUAUUAUUGUAUCUCUUGUCCGCUUAGCUGUAGCGGAACGCUAUUGUAAUUUAUUUCCUCGCUAAUAAUAAUGUAUUGUAUUUAAAUUAUUGUAAAUGUAUUGUUGUUAGACCUCAAUAGGUGCCAAUUGUGAUAAUGAUAAAUUAGGGAGCCUAAAUAUUGCGUGUUUCGGUUUUUGCAUUU